CUGGUGGUCUCCGUGGCCAAUGUCAUCUGUGCCAUGUGCUUUGGGAAGCGCUAUGACCACAACGACCAAGAGCUGCUCAAUAUCGUGAACGUCAGUGAACGCUUUGGUAAUGUGGCUGCUGCUGGGAACCCUGCAGACUUCAUCCCUGUGCUGCAGUACCUUCCCAGCCGCACCAUGCAGCUCUUCAAGAGCAUCAACAGGCGUUUCAACUCCUUUGUGCAGAAGAUUGUCGAGGAGCAUUACACCAGCUUUGAUAAGGAGCACAUCCGGGACAUCACAGACUCCCUGAUCGAGCACUGCCAGGAGCAGAGUGUAGGGGAGGAUGCCCGCGUCCCGCUCUCCAAUAAGAAGAUCAUCAGCAUCGUCUAUGACCUCUUUGGGGCAGGCUUUGACACUGUGACAACCGCCUUAUCCUGGAGCCUCAUGUACGCCGCCUUGUACCCUGACAUCCAGAAGAGGAUCCAGGAAGAAC